AAUAAAAGAGUUGUCUGCAACUUCCGGUCUAAAAAAUUAUGAUAAAUUUUCAGCACGAAACCAGCGACACCUACAGAAUACAGAAUACAGAAACCAGAAGCUGACUUUAUAUCUAAAUCUAGUGUGUUCUACAUGUUCUAAGAAAUGGAAUUUGCAGAAUUUAUCAAGACCCCUACAGUAGAGAAUGUCUGUAUGAAACGUCCUUUUACCAAACCAGUUACUGGUACACUUUGUAUCACAGGGCAUCAUGUAAUACUGUCCUCUAGAUCAGAAAAUCAUGAGGAAUUAUGGCUUUUACACAGCGCUAUUGACAGUACAGAGAAAAAAAUGACCCAGUCCAAUGGGAAAUAUAUACUGAUUCUGAAAUGUAAAGACUUACAGAUGAUAGAGUUAGAAUUCAAUGGUGGUGAUGACUGUUUAGAUGUAGCAUCAUCGAUAGAGAAUCUGUCUCAUGUUGAUGAUAUUAGCUUGAAGUAUCCAUUUUUCUAUCGAGCUGGAUUUGAGCCAUUAGAGGACGGCUGGCAGGCAUUUUUACCAGAAAAUGAAUACACUAGGUUUAAAGAUUGCUCUGAGGAAUGGAGACUUAGUUAUGUUAACAAAGAUUAUAAGGUUUGUGCAUCCUAUCCCCAUGCUGUGAUUGUACCUAAAUCUAUAGAUGAUGAAACAGUUAUAAAGGCUUCCCAGUUCAGACAAAAUGGCAGGUUCCCUGUUCUAAGUUAUUAUCACAGACAGACAAAGGCUGUGAUGAUGAGGUGUAGUCAACCAUUGACAGGAAUGAACAACAAAAGAUGUAAAGAAGAUGAACGAAUGGUCAAUUCUGUAAUGGGGCGGGGCAACAAAGGUUAUAUCAUAGACACAAGGUCACCUUCUGCUGCUAAAUCAGCACAGAAUAAAGGUGGAGGUUAUGAACCUGAAGUAUAUUAUCCACAGUGGAGACGGAUACAUCAGUCUGUGGAUAGGAGACAAGCUUUCCAUGACUCACUCAUCAAAUUGAUGGAAUCAUCCCUUGACAACACCAGUAGUAUGGACAAAUGGCUAUCAAAGUUAGAAUCCAGUAACUGGUUAUCACAUGUCAAAGAUAUACUAACCUGUGCUUGUACUGUAGCACAGUGUAUAGAUUCUGAAGGGGCUUCAGUAUUGGUCCAUGGAUCUGAGGGAUUUGAUACAACUUUACAGGUUACCUCCCUUGUACAACUUAUAUUGGACCAUGACUGUAGGACCAUUAAUGGAUUUGAAGCCUUAGUAGAACGUGAAUGGUUACAAGGAGGACAUCCAUUUGCUGACCGCUGUUCCAAAUCAGCAUUUGCCAUUACUAAACAGAGAAGUGAAUCUCCUAUUUUUCUUCUCUUUUUAGAUUGUGUCUGGCAGAUAUGGCAACAGUUUCCUUGUUCAUUUGAGUUCAAUGAAGAGUUUCUUGUCCUGCUGUUUGAACACACCUACUCCUCACAAUUUGGUACAUUCCUGUGCAAUAAUGAAAAGGAAAGAAAAGAGUGUAAAUUGUCCUCAAGAACAGUCUCUUUAUGGACAUAUUUAGCAAGACCAGAAGUUUUACAGAAGUAUCUUAAUCCUAUGUAUGAUCCUAAUCCACGAGUUAUAUGGCCCUCUGUAGCUCCACAAAGUUUGGUGUUGUGGUCUGGGUUAUACCAGAGAUCUAUAAUUGACCAAUCAAAACAGAAGGAGGCUUGGCAGGAAGUCAGUAAAAUAAGAGAGUAUGACAAGGAAUUAAGGUCAAAGGUCACCAAACUAAGGAGACAACUUGCCUCAUUAGAAAGAGAAGCACUAGGAGUUGGACUGAUUCUUCCCUCAGAACUUGGUGUUGAUUGUAUACCAGAAUGAGGUCAAUAUUCAGGACAAACUUUGCUGGACUUAUUUAUGAUAUAUAUAUCUACAGAUUUUAAAUACCAGGAUAGACACUUUCACAUUCCAUCUUGUCUUAAGGAUGUAA